AUGGCUGCAAACAGGAGUUUACAGAUUCAAGUGCUUAUGCUUUUACUGAGCUCUGUUUGCAGAGCUUUUCCACAGAGAGGGAUUCCAGCUCGAAGUCCACAGUUCCAGCAAACUGAACAGAGUUUUGCACCCCAACAGCAAACUGAACAACAGUUUCCACUUCAGAAGCAAGUGGUGCAGUCAGAACCUGUUGACAUGUGUGCUGUAGCUAAUUUUGAGCAGAUCCAGUGUGGACAACCUGGUAUCAGUGGUGCUGAGUGUGAAGCCAUAAACUGCUGCUUUAAUGGACAGCAGUGUUAUUAUGGGAUGUCAGUGACCGUCCAGUGUAUGAGAGAUGGUCAGUUUGUGUUGGUGGUGGCUAGAGAUGUUACUCUGCCUCGUCUGAGUCUGGACACGGUCCGCCUGCUGGGUGGAAAUGAAGCACCUUGUGGUCCUGUGGGUUCCUCGCCUUCCUUUGCCAUAUACCAGUUUCCAGUCACUGCCUGUGGCACCAGCAUGAUUGAGGAAAAUGGUUAUGUGGUGUAUGAGAACAGAAUGUCUUCAUCCUAUGAAGUUGGGAUUGGACCUCUUGGCUCAAUCACAAGGGGCAGUCAAUUUGAACUUCUCUUCCAGUGUAGAUAUUCUGCAACUGCUGUGGAAGCUCUGGUUGUGGAGGUCAAUACCGUACCGCCACCUUCACCUAUAGCUGCUCCAGGACCCCUCAGGGUGGAGCUUAGACUGGCAAAUGGCCAAUGUGUAACUAAAGGCUGUGCAGAAGGAGAUGAGGCGUACACAUCCUAUUAUGGCGAGGAUGAGUAUCCAGUCACAAAAGUCCUGCGAGAGCCUGUGUAUGUUGAGGUGCGCAUUUUGGAGAGGACUGACCCCAAUCUUCACCUGAUGUUGGGACACUGUUGGGCGACAUCAACCCCUAGUCCUCUAAGUCUACCCCAGUGGGAUCUUCUAGUUGAUGGAUGUCCUUACCAGGAUGACCGUUACCUGACAACACUGGUUCCAGUAUUUGGCUCGUCUGGUCUUCAGUUCCCAACCCACUACUCCCGCUUUGUUGUGAAGAUGUUCACUUUUGUGGACCCAUCGUCACUGGCCCCUCUGCAGGAGACCAUUUAUAUUCACUGUAGUACUGUGGUGUGCCACCCUGCUUCUGGUUCCUGUGUGCAGAGUUGUGCCAGGAAACGAAGAGAUGUUCAUGCAGCCAUCAAAUCUAGUGAGCAGACAACUGUUUCUAGUGGAGCGGUUACUCUGGUCAUAUAA